AUGCCGGCAAUGCUGCUUGCCCUGCUCAUCGCCGCACUCCUCUCGCCACGGCAGCCGCUGGUGGCCGCCGCGGGGAAGUGCAGGGAGGAGUGCGGCAGCGUGAAGAUCCCGUACCCCUUCGGCAUCGGCCGUGGCUGCUACCUCGAGACGGCCGGCGACGGCGGCGGCGACGAGCCAUUCAACGUCACCUGCAGCAACCGCGACGCCGAAGGCGCAAUGCACCCAGAGCCCAUCCCCAUGGUCGACGGCGGCCUGCAGGUGCUCGACAUCGACGUGGCCGGCGGGAGGAUGCGAGCCUACACCAGGGUGAGCUCGUGGUGCCGCAACGCCACGUCGCCGUCCACGGUCGACGACAACAGCUGGGUGUACGAGUCGGCGAGGUUCCGCGUCUCCAGCACGGAGAACGUGCUCACCGUCGUCGGCUGCGGCGUGCUGGCCUACAUCGGCACGCAGGACCGCGGCGUCGAGAACCGCUACGUGGUGGGGUGCAAUUCCUCGUGCCCGCACGGACCAGUGCGGCCGUCGUCGUCGAUGGCUGCCGGUGGCGGCGGCGCCGCCUCCUGCGACGGCACGGACGGCUGCUGCCAGACGACGAUCCAGCGGGGGAUAAGGUCCUUUGUCCCUAGCUUCGUCGCCGACGGUGAGGACAGACCAGACGGCUCCGGCUCCGGCGGCAGCCCGUGCAGAUACGCCUUUCUGGUGGAGAGGGAAAAGUUCAAGUUCCGGACGUCCUACGUCACCAAUAGGGAGCUUGCCGGUGCUGCUGGUAAGCGAUUGCCGCUGGUGCUCGACUGGGCAGUGGGCAACAAGAGUUGCCUGGUGGCACAGAAAGACAACGCGACCUAUGCCUGCCUCAGCGACAACCACGAGUGUGUCAACUCCACCAACGGCCCAGGGUAUCUAUGCAAGUGCAAAACUGGGUACCGAGGAAACCCUUACCGCAAGAAUGGCUGCGAAUUUAUUGACACGUGCAAGGAGAUGAAUCCAUGCCCUGCCUCUGCUAAAUGUGUCAACAGGGGAGGAGGCCACAAAUGCUCGUGCCCUCGUGGCAGGCGACCAAAAGCUGACGGUAGUGGUGGAUGCGAGAUAGAUUACUCCAUGCCUGCAAUCGGUAGCAGCGUUGGUGUGGUUGUGCUAGCUGUGGUGUUGUCUUGCACCUACGCGGUCCAAGAGAAGAAGCGGCUCGCCGCCAUCAAGAAGAGAUACUUCCGGCAGCAUGGCGGUCUCCUCCUGUUCGAGGAGAUGAAGCAAUCACGGCAGGGGCAGGGUUCUUCGCCCUUCACGCUCUUCACCGAGAAGGAGCUGGAGCAGGCGACCGACAGAUUCAACGAGCGGCACGUCCUGGGCAAGGGAGGCAACGGCACCGUGUACCGGGGCGACCUCAGGGACGGGAGGGCCGUGGCGAUCAAGCGGUGCCGGGUCGCCGAGGAUGAGCGGCAGCGACGGGAGUUCGGCAAGGAGGUGCUCAUCCUGUCGCAGGUGAACCACCGCAACAUCGUCAAGCUCUACGGCUGCUGCCUGGAGGUGGCGGUGCCCAUGCUGGUGUACCAGUUCAUCCCCAACGGCACCCUGUGCGAGCUCCUCCACGGGCACGGCGGCGGCGGUGACCGUGCCCGCGUCUCGCCGUCGUUCGCGAUCCGGCUGAAGAUCGCGCACGAGGCCGCGGAGGCGUUGGCGUACCUGCACUCGACGGCGUCGCCGCCGAUCAUCCACGGCGACGUCAAGUCCGCCAACAUCCUGCUCGACGAGAACUACAACGUCAAGGUGUCGGACUUCGGCGCGUCGGUGCUGGCGCCGUCCGACGAGGCGCACCUGGUGACGCUGGUGCAGGGCACGUGCGGGUACCUUGACCCGGAGUACAUGCAGACGUGCCGGCUGACGGACCGGAGCGACGUGUACAGCUUCGGCGUCGUCCUCCUGGAGCUGCUCACGCGCAGGAAGGCGCUGGCCCUGGCGGCGCCCGUGGAGGAGGAGCGCAGCCUCGCGGCGCACUUCCUCUCCUCCGUGAGGGACGGCAGGCUCGACGCGCUCCUGGACGCGGGGAUCAGGGGCGAGGUCGGCGGCGAGUUGCUCGGGAUGGUUGCCGCGCUCGCCAAGCGGUGCCUGGAGAUGUCCGGCGAGAAGAGGCCCCCCAUGCGCGAGGUCGCGGAGGAGAUUGGCAGGGUAACGAAGCUGUGGCGGCAGAUAUGUUUCGGUGAAGUCGCUGUGCUUGUAAGUGAUAGGUGA